UUUGAAUUCCUAAAAAUAUAUGGUUAGCCUGAGAGGUUAUAAGUAGGCCUCACUUCUCACUUCUCACUUCUCACUUCUCACUUCUUUGCUCUGUGCGCCUAAGUUAUAGGGUCUCCAAGCAUUAUUUAUCCAAUUCUUCAUCAAACUCAGAUCUUUACUUGGGUAAGUAUUUUCUCCUAAUCCUUACAUCAUUUAAUUUAAAUGUGCUUAGAUUUAGAAGAAAUACUUUGAAUCUUUGAGGGAUCUAUCUGAAUCUCCUUGCUUUGUAUUAUUUUGAUCCAAAAUAAUUGACUUGUUUGAAUCAAGUCUACGAUUUCUCUAUAAUUUCCUUAGCCUGGAUGAUUUCCAGGGUUCCAAACCCUAGCAUAGGCGAUUUCAGGUUUGUAAAACCCUAGGCCGACCACUUCUUUGAGAUUCACUAUCUUGGCGAUUUCCAAGGUUCCAAACCCUAGCAUAGGCGAUUUUAGGUUUGUAAAUCCCUAGGCCGACCACUUCUUUGAGAUUCAAUAGCAUGGUGAUUUCCAGGGUUCCAAACCCUAGCAUAGGCGAUUUCAGACUUGUAAAGCUCUAACCUAGGCCGACCACUCUUAGGUUCCCUUGGUCUGGCGAUUUUCAGGCUUUCAGAUCCAGGCAUAGCAGAUUUCCAGGGAUGUAAAUUUCAUCAUGGGCCUACCACACCUAGGGUUUCCAUCAUGGACCAAUCACCUCUAGGACUUCCCUUGCAUUUCCCUUUCCUUAUGCGAUUUCCAGGCUUACAUACCCCAUCAUAGGCCGAGCACUUUAGGGUUUUCCUUAGCCUGGGCGAUUUUCAAGCCUAGGGGAUUAGGGUUUUCUUAGCUGGGGGAUUUCUAGGGCUCAAAUCUAAGCCUAGGCCGUAUUCCUCAUGCCCCUAUCGAUUUCCAGGUUUGCAUACUCCAUCGUAGGCUGAGCACCUUAGGGUUCACAUCAUGGGCUGACCACCACACUCCUUGAGCGAUUUCCAGGGAUCCAGGGUGGUCAGCCUAAGCAUAGGCCAACCACCUGGGACCUUAAAAAAAAUUUCUCCUCCUUUACUAAUCUCUUUGGGUUCUUCUUUGUACUAUAUAAUUUAUUAAAGACUUGAACCUUAGUCCUCUGGCAUUUUUUCGAGGUUUGCAUCCCUAGGGCGGUUGGCCUAAGGUGGUAGGUCGACAACCUAUGCCCAUUCUUUCACAUUUUGUAAUCUUAGGGCCUAUGUUAACCCUUCUUUGAGACUUCGAUCGAUUUUUCCAAUUCUAGGGGAGUCCUAUGGUGGUCGUCCUAAGCUUAGUUUCACUAGGACGACCCGCUAUAUAGAUUUUUUCUUUGAUUUCUUCAUUUUUGCCUCUUAGUUAAUGGAUAUGCCCCCAGCUAUUGACUUUAUGUUUACUUACUAACUUUUCUCUUUAUUUUUCCUUUGUUGUAGAUGUUCAGCUCCUCUUCAUCAGACAAGUCUGUAAGCGAGCGUACUCCCCAGGAGUUCUUGGAAAAGCCGAAAAGGAUUUUCCCUCGCUCCACUUUAUAUUUGUUCAGUGAGGAAGACUUCUUGAAAAGUUAUAGCCCAAUGGCGAGAGUAAAAUAGACAACUCGGAAACCUUCCGAAGAUGAUCCUCAUAUUGUCAGGCACAUCACUCAGGGCUCUUCGUCUAGCUCUUCUCAGCAUAGUACGCCACGCGGCUCUCAAGGCACAUCUCAGCAGGAUAUGUCAGGUCAGCGAGACUCAUUGCAGCACCCUUUGCACUGGGAUACCAGUCGGGUUCCCCAUCACUCUUCUUCUCAGCGAGAACAUACUGAGGGCUCUCAUCGUCAUGCUAAUCAUCCUCAGGAGCGUUCUAUUCACAGAUUCUGGCCUAAGGUGGUUCGCCCUCCUUCCAAGAGCAAGACAGUCUUGCUAGUUGCACAGCAGAAGAAGAGACGACAAGAAAAAAAGUUCCACUUAUCAGAUUUUGGGGCUACCUUGGCCAGUGAGAUCAUAUGGAAACUGGUUGAGAAGCCUUGCCCUGCUGAUGACAAGGUUGUGUGGUUCAAGGGGGUUGCCUCUAACAUGACUGAAGAGAAGGUAAAGAACUUAAGGAAGACCUUUGACCUCUCUGGCGUGUCUAUUACUAUCCCUGGUCCAAAUGACCCCUCUGGGUAUGUGCGCCUGGACACGUCCUGCCAUCAAGUCUGGCACCCUACUUCCUCUUCAUCCAUACUUCUGGAGCGUGGUGAAUUAUUUUGGUAUUAGUCCUUCUCAACUGGCUCCCAAUGUGAUCUUGGUGUUAUCUGCAUUGUACAUUAUCUAUCACAGCAGAAAAUGGGUUGCUCUAGUGCCUCACGAGAUCCACUACUUAUUUAACCUAAAGACGAACCCUUCUUAGUGCAACUCGGGGUAUUUCCACUUCCACCAUUAUAUGAGCGAGGGUACCGAUUCCUUUUUGGAAGAGAUCUCUGGAAAAAUCAAGGUGUUUAGAUAGGCUGAAACCUAUUUCUUCACUAAGGACACAGAGGCCAACUACUCCAAGUUUAAGCAUGUCGGCCCUUUUUAUAGACCGCUCCCGACCCAGGCUAUGACAGUUAGGGCCAAGGCAUUGAUUGCCAUGAUCCCUGAGGAGAAGAAUGUCAAGACCCUCAUUACUUUAGAGAACCAUAGGAAGGUUGGGUUCUUUCCUCCUACUAUAGUCGAUGUUCCGGAUGAAGAUGGUCCCGAGCCCGUGAACGCCAUAGACUCCCCGGGACCUAUUCAUGUCAAGGAGGUACCCUCUUUGCCUGUGCUAGCUGGACAAGAGGGUGAUGAGGUGGGUGCAUCUAUCGUGCACUCAUUGCUCGCUUCAGAUGACUUUGAUGAGACUAUGUUUGAGCCUAAAUCUUAUUCAGAAGGUUCAGACAUGUUCAGCUUUGUCCAUACCCAACAGAGGUCGACUCCCACCGAGGCCAAUCCUUCUGUCCGAGCAGCUAAGAGGGUCAGGGUUGAGGCUAAGUCGAUAAUGGAGGUUCCUCCCGAGGUGCCUCCUCCGACCCAUUUGGCGUCUAGUCCUGUCGUAGUGGUAGAGCCAUCCUUGCCUACACCAGUUCCUCCCAUCUUCACUGAUAUGGGUGCCUGAUGUUCUGCGCCUGCUCCUUUAUCUGAGCCACACCAGUCUGCUAUACGAAAUCUAGGCGCCAUCAUGGAUUGAGCGUCCAAUUUGGAGCAGACGACAACGACUUUUAAUGGGAUUAAGAAUGAGGACUUGAGCACCAUCCUCACUCCUUGAUAUUCAGAGUAUAAGUCCUCUACAGUUUUCUUUUUUUCUAGUUAGCUCGUGUGCUGACGUUAUCUAAUACUUGUAUGUGUUUUUCUAGGCACUGAUGCGUUAUAUUAUUUUAUAAUAUAAUAUAAUGUAAUAUUAUAUUAUAUUAUAUUAUAAUAUAAUGUUUUAGAUUAAAUAAAUGUGACAAAGAGUGUCACAUACUGUAACAUAUAAUAGAGAGUUAUAAUAUUUAGAUAUAUGAGAUGUAUCCAAAUAUGUAGCAUAUUUGGUGUUAAAAAUUUGUAACUUCCAAAUGUUACCCUUUAUUGUGUAAAUUUGGUGUAACACAAUAUUGAGAUGAAUUUCAUAAAGCAAUAUGUGAAAUGGCUGUUAGAGAUAUGAUUUUAACCCCAAUAAUGUGUUUUGGGGUUAAAAAAUCAUUUGGGAGGGUUUGGAACCGUUUGGAAAAACAGCACAUUUGUAAGUGCUGAAAAUGGUCAGUGGCGGCCACAGGCCAAAACUGACAAUUUUUUCAGUUUUUUCAAUCUUUGUUGAAUGGCUCAAAAAACCCAAAUAACUUCCAAAUCUCAUUUUUAAUUCCACAAUAAUCCAAUUAAUCAUUGGUAACAACCAUGGGGGUUGGUGGAAUUUGAAAUUCAAAGGGUGUCUCUAAACUCUAUAAAUAGGAGCCUAUUGCUCACUUGAAAGACACAACAUUUCUAUCCAUUAGAGCACUUGGCUAGAAACACCUUGAAGCUUGAUAAUUCCAUAAAGCAUUUCCAAUAUCUGAGAGAGAUCCCUUAGUGCUUGAGUUAGGAGAAAAAAAGCUUUUGGACAAAGGUUUUAAACCUGUUCAAGUUGGUGAUCUCCAACCCUCUUCACUUAGGUUGUGUAAGUGAGAGUUUCUUUUUGUUUUGUUCUUACAUUUUUCUCUAUUGCUUUUCUUCUUAUUUUCAUUUUCUAUUUACUUGUAACUUUUGUUUAGAGUUGUAAUCUUCUUUUCUUUUGUUUCAAACUUCUUUCCUUUACUUGUAAUCUUUUGUUUAGAGUUGUAUCUUUCACCAUUCUCUUCUUCUUCUUCUUCUUCUUCUUUGUUUAUUUGUAUUUUUCAGUUAUAGAGUUGUAACUUUAUUUAAUCAAUCUAUAUUUAUUUGUAAUAUUAUUGCAUAGAGUAGUAUUAUCUUACCAUUUCCAUUGAGGCAAAUACUAUUUCCCUAACAUUCAAAAGCUUACCCUUAUUUGUUUCAAUGGAAGGUGAGACCAUCAAGAUAAUGAAUCAAGACCUAGUGAUGUUGGAUAGGUUUGAUGGGUCCAAUUUUACUAGGUGGCAAGACAAGGUGAGAUUCCUUUUGACCACUCUCAAAAUCGCCUACAUUCUAGAAUCCACUCUAGAACCUCUCCCAACGCCAUCCUACAAGGAUACUCUCGAGGAGGUGGAGAAAAGAAGAAAGAGGGAGGAGGACAAUCUCCUUUGUAGAUGUCAUAUCCUCAACGCCCUUUCCGAUAGGCUCUAUGACCUCUACACCGAAACCAAAUCGCCCAAGGAGAUAUGGGAUGCACUUGAGACAAAGUUCAAGGCGGAAGAGGAAGGUACCAAAAAGUUUUUGAUAUCUCAGUACUUUGAUUUCAAAUUUUUUGGUGAUAAACCUAUUCUUCCUCAAAUACAUGAAUUGCAAAUAAUUAUUAACAGAUUGAAAGUGUUAAAGAUCGAGCUUCCCAAGGCCUUUCAAGUUGGUGCUAUAGUGACUAAAUUACCACCAACUUGGAAGAGCUAUAGGAAAAGAAUCCUUCAUAAAAAUGAGGAUUAUUCUUUGGAGGAAAUCCAAAAACAUAUUUGAAUCGAGGAGGAAUCGAUAUGUAGAGAUAAACUUGUGGAGGGGUCUAAUGGAGAGACUUCCAAAGCAAAUGCGGUGUCACAACCAAAACAUCCCAAAAACAAAGGGAAAAAGGGUAACAAGAAACCUUUGGGUCCAAAAACCAAUCCAAACAAGUUUAAGGUCGAGAAAGGUCCUUGCUUUGUGUGUGGGAAAAAGGGUCACUAUGUGUCGUGACUAGGUUCUCAGCGAGGCUCGAGUUAGAGGACCGUGCUCGAGGGUUCAGUGCUCAAGAAGCUCGGGACACAAGUAAGAAAGCUGUUGCACCCAUAGAGCAGGGCGAGGCCCCAUAGUUGUUUUGCAGGGCACGACCCUAUAUGAUUAUGUGUUGAGUGUAGCCCAUUGAUUAUGUUAGUAUAUGUUUAAUUAUGAUGUGUAUGCAUAUAUGUGAAUGAUUGGCAAGCGCCGGGAACGGUGAAGGCCGAGAACGGCAAAGGGGUUGGGAGCAGCGUUUAGCACGCGGAGUGUGAGUUGUCAGGGUAAGACCCUAAAGGAUACCUGGGAUAUCCUUACGGUAUAGACCGCAACCCAGGGCCUGGUAAAGCGCCUGGGACGGCAUGACCGUAUGUGUUUAGUCUGUUGGAAAAUUUGUUAUAUGCUGAGUGGUUCAUAUGCGUAUGUUAUCUUUUUAUGUGGAGUUUUAUUGCUGGGCUUCGGCUCACGGGUGCUCUGUGGUGCCGGUAAGGGCAAAGAGAAAUUCAACCGACCAUGAGUAUGGAGAGCAUGAGGCGGCACGUACAUGUCUGGUCUACCUGGCUGCCACGGCCAGGGGUAUUUUUUAGAAGAUUCUUGUAAAAAACCCUAUUUUGUCUUAUAGUCGACUUUAAAUACAUUUUGAGUUGUAAAUAUUUAUAAACAGUAUUUUGGGAUCCCAAAUGUUAAACAUUUUAUAAUUUUCAGUAAAUGGAAUUAUUUUUCAAAUUGA